GAAGGCCGAACAAGUAGCCUGAAAGGAUCGUUUGGCUACAUGGCGCCAGAAGUCCUCGCCAGGGAGCCAUACUCAAGAUCUGUCGACUGGUGGUCUCUGGGCAUUGUAAUAUACGAGAUGCUAGUUGGGGAGAAACCAAUGCUGAGACCAUCUACUGGUUUAGUCAUCCCGACGUUCCUGGCAGGAGAUGCUGUCAACUUAAUAUCAGGGCUCUUACAGCGGGACCCAUUGAAGCGGCUGGGCUCAAGUGAAGAAGAUGCAUGUGAUGUUAUGCAUCAUUAUUUCUUUCGAAGCAUUGACUGGAUGGCUUUGCUAGAGAGAAGAAUGCAGCCCCCAUUCAUACCUGAGGAUGUUAGACUUUCCGAGGAUGGAGAUCAACAUCUAGUUCUAACUCCUCCCUCUGAGGGUUCCUUGGCAAUGGAAAAGGAUAUUGCGGAAGCCUUUAGGGACUUCGAUUAUACCGCAAUGUAG